UGGAAUAGGAAGGAACUCGUCUGUAUUGAUUGUACGAAGUAACUGGCUAGACUGGGACGCAAGAUUCUGUACAAUGGUAUCGUUUGCACCCAGAGUUUUGUGGUUGUUUUAUUAAUAGUGUAUUGAUUGUGGUCCUGUUAUGAAACGAUAUGGCUUGUGGUAUCGGUUCCUCAGAUGCUGGUCGCCAGUGACUACCCACUACUGUUGAUUCCUAGAAAUCGGAGGAUGCAGGAAUUAUCCAAGAAUAAAAGAGUGUUACAGAUGUGGAACCACACAUGUGGACGAUGGGCACACACGACACGGCACAGUCAUACACGGCGCGUCUUGCCACAUUCAACCGCGCUGACAUAGCGGCGUUGGGUCACGUGUCUCCCGUUAUACUCGCCCAGAACGGGUUCUACUACAAACGACGACUGUGCAGUGUUCUGUGUGCAGAAUGCGCAGCCUGUCACAAGUUGGAGGAAUUCCUCCCAGAGUGCGAGUCUCUGAGUCCCCGGCUGUCAAGGUUCCACAGGACGGGCUGUAGCUUUGUUCAUCAAGAUGGCUGCCGAACUUUGACCUUUCCAACACAGGAUAUUGAUUUGAUACUCUACAAUAAUAGUCUUACGCCGACCCCAGAAGUUGAAGAAAAGUCUUGGGAGAACGCCAGUUGUUCAACAACAAAACCUAGCGCCAAUAUUAGACAUGAAUUUGAACACAGUUUAAGUUCAAAACUUGAAAAUUUGCAAGAAGAGUUUAGGAAAAAAUACUUUAAAGUAAAGGAGAAUAAUCGUUUUCCUGACGAGCGGAAAUUGAUAAUUAGUUCAAGCUCGUUACCAUCUAGUCAUGAGUCUAGUGGGGAACCCACUGAUUGUUUGAAUCAGGAAGGAGAUUCCCAGACAUGUGAUAAAGCUAAAGAGUCUAGUCAUGAGUCAGGUUCUCACAAGUCACUUGACUCUAGUGUAACAUUAUAUCCUGGUCACGCGGCAGAGUGUGUACAGUCACAUGCAUUAGAGUCCACCCAAUCUACAGCCUAUGCUCAUUCAAGUGCCCCAGGAAUUGGAAAGUCAACGUCUAUUGCCCAGCCGAUUACCCAAGAACCUAGUCAACCAACAUCUACAACUAAACUGGGUACCCAAGAACCUAGUCAACCAACAGCUACAACUAAACUGGGUACCCAAGAACCUAGUCAACCAACAGCUAUAACUAAACUGGGUACCCAAGAACCUAGUCAACCAACCUCUACAACUAAACUGGGUACCCAAGAACCUAGUCAACCAACAGCUACAACUAAUCUGGGUACCCAAGAACCUAGUCAACCAACAGCUACAACUAAUCUGGGUACCCAAGAACCUAGUCAACCAACCUCUUCUGCUCAACUGGGUAACCAAGAAGCUCAACUGGGUACAAAAACGCCAACUGACGUUGCAGAAACAGAGCAGAAUCAUAUCGCCACGGCUGUAGAAGCUCCACAAAAUACUGAUCUACGUAGUUUUUGUACAGCGGAAGUGUGUGAAGGAGAGGAGAAGCACAUCGAGGUGCCGAUCUCCAGGAUCGAGUGCCACAAAAAUCCUGGCCACUUCGGUUACUUCCCUGUACGAGGUAUCAACCUGGAUCAGAUCCCUUCACAAACCCGACACGAAGACCUCCUCAGGUUGUUGACCCUACUCGCCACGCUGACCGUCAAGAUCAGAAUCUCAGCAAAAACUUCCAAACACACCAGACUCAAGGUUGGAACCGGAUGUGUGUCCCUGUCCCUGAUACACCACCUACCUCAACUUGUCCCUAACGAGGUACCUUCUGGAAAACUUCACAAAAGUAUGCUGUCUUUCCUGACUAAAAACAAGGAAACAAUUUACAUCGAAACAAACCAAAAUUUGGUCGCUGAUGAUGGCGAUGCUGUUAACGCUUUAGUGGAGUUUUCUCAUAACGGUUUAAGUUCUAGCGGCGUCAAGGUCAUCAAAGGUCAGUCUGUGAUCCCCUCUCCCAUACCUGGAGACCAGCGAUGUAUUUUGGUGUGUAUGACGUCAGACCGGAACCUGACACAGCUGGUCAGCAGGGCGAGGGAUGACGUCACGGAGCUGGCGGAGAGGCUGCCCAGGAGGGUGAAAGAGGCGAUGUGUAAAAAGGUGUUCAUCAUACACCACCCUCACGGGGCCGAGAAGGUGGUGUCGUAUGGUGAUUUCGUCGUGGUCAAGUACAUGAUCAAACCUGGUGAGGGUGGGGUCACGUCGAGGGUCAACAACCAUGAGGUCGCUCGGUUUCCCGUUGAAAAUCUGCGUAAAGUUCUGCUCUAUGCAGCAGACACCUGCCCGGGGUCAUCUGGUGCACCUGUCAUUUGCUUUAAGAAGGUGACAUCUGGCAUCCAGUCGACAUCCUACGUGUUGGACAUGUGGGUCCAUGACGGGGUCAAUCACACUUUCUCAUUAAGCUCCUCCACAAUGAAAGACUUAACUGAACAGGACCGAGAAAUGAUUGUCAAUCCAAGGCCCCCAUCAGUACCGACAACUCCCGACGAUGACAACAGCUUAGGAAAUCAAACAGUUACGUCCCCUGUGUACAAGGUGACCAGCCACCCGUGCUAUCUGGAUUACGUCACCUACGAGAGACGGUUACACAGCUUCGACAAAUGGACAGCGCACGAGAUCCACCGGCCCGUUACAUUGGCUAGAGCUGGCUUCUUCUAUGCUGGUUAUGCCGACUGUGUCAGAUGCUUCCAGUGUGGCCUGGGUCUGCGGUCUUGGAAGAAAGGUGACGACAUCUUCGUGGAGCACCAGAGGCACAGACCCCAGUGUCCGUUCCUCCACAUCCAGGCGGAGAGGCGUCUUCAGGACGCGGCGUCUCGCUCUACUGAAGACCUGGUGAACCAACAAGAUGCAGUUCUAAUGGCGCUAAAAAAAGAAAAUGAGAAACUAAACCAGUCUCUGCUGUGUAAAAUAUGCAGCUCAGCGCCUGUCGUGGAUUUGUUCCUGCCCUGUGGGGAGCUGAUUGCCUGCAAGGAAUGUUCUAGACUGCUGGUACUGUGUCCCUGCUGCCAGAAGCCGAUACUGGCCACAGUGACAACAUUUUUUACCUGA